GUCGCGCCCAGCAUACUCGCAGCAGUGGCGGUGAUUGAGAGCAACCAGACAAAGUGCCAUUUCUCAAAUACCCCUCCACCUUGGUCUUCCUCCAUGGUGCUAUCGUGGCUUACCAGAGGCUGGGACUGCACUUUACUCACUUCCCAUUGGGAGAAUAUCACCCCUCGUUUCUCCUAUUAUGGGCAAGCCCGUUAUCCAAAGUGCUGACACUCUGACAAAAAAGCCACUUUAGAAAUCCCAUCAUCCCAAAGAUGCCCCCGUGGAGCCAGCUGCGAGCCAAGGCCCUCCCGUCACACAUGCCCGCAGUCUAGGGAUCCGUCCAUUCCCCUCCCAAACAGUCCAUGAUCGCCCUCUUCUCUUCCAUCUUCAUCUGCAUCCACCCGCUGUCGGGUCGAUCAUACCUGGCGAAAAGAAGACAGACACGCACGCGCGGUAUCGAGUUCAACUUGACGCUGCCAGCGCGAGCUAUACGGUCGACGGGGUUUCAAGUGAACGACACGCGCUUUAUUCAAUCACUUCCCCGUCUGCGUCGUCCCUCAGCCCUACUGCUGUGCCCCCGAUCGCCGAUUAUUAUAUCGUGGGGUGUGACUGCUUGUGGUUCUGCGGUGCUGUGCUGUACACACCCGCUCAGCCCCCCCGGAGACACACCUGCAGUUGGGUCAUCUCGAUCCUCCUCACGCCUCAAGGCACCAGCAUAACUUACCCUCUUCACAAACGAUCCGGCCGGCUCUUCAAAUCACUCGAGUCGAAAGAUCUUCCAAACGCUCCUUACACCGCCGCCGAUCUCUCAAGGACCUUGCGCUGCCGUUCGUUCGAUUACCCACGCUCGAGACUCUCGACAAAACGCUCGCUGAUCCGGAGAAUCUUAGAUGAUCGGCGAAUUUCGUAAUUCAGUUGCAUUGCUCAACGCUUGUGCUUAUUCGCUCGAUCACCGCCGCCACCAUGAGGGUGACUGCUUGCUCGCUUUGCGUGCUGUACUUGGGGGUUGACUUGUUGGUCAGGGCAGUCGAGGGGGCGGAAUUCAAGAGACGAGACGGGGUGCACCGCCUUGAGAAGGCACACGUCACGGUCUUUCACGACCUCAAUCGAAGGGGCACAACGACUUGUGCGACCGGAUACUCUGCUUGCCCGUCAAGCUUGGAUGGAGGGUGCUGCGCUUCAGGCUAUGCAUGCGCGACGGAUUCUUGCUAUGCGACCACAAGUGCAGCGCAGACUUGCGCAGGAAAACCUGGAUAUUACCAAUGUAACACGGUUUUGGGUGGCGGCUGUUGCCCAGAAGGAUACCAGUGUCAAAGAGGCUCAAAUUGCGUUCCAGCGUCUGGAGUCAUAUACUCUCAGUCGUGUCCGGCAAGUUACUACUUGUGCCCAGCUAGCUUGAGCUACGGCUGCUGUCGAGACGGACUAGGCUGCGCCGUAAGCGCUUGCUACUCGACGGAGCCCUCGACUGUUACGGAGACGACAACAAUCACAACGACAAAUGACGCCGCGCAAGCUGUAACCACGACUGUAACCGCAACUGCUGUUCUAACACCCUCAAGACCUACCACGGCGCCAAUAGUAGCAACAGGGGCGAGCGAUCCGGAUCAAGUUGUGUUCAAAUACUAUCCGAGCACUGUUCCAAAAGAGCAACCUAUCUCGAGCGGCGAUGGCAACAGUGAUGGAUUGACGUCGGGGCAAAUCGCGGGUAUCGUGGCUGGAGGAGUUGGCCUGCUCAUCAUUGUGCUGGUGACUGCGUGGAUCAUCAUUCGACACCUCAACAAGGUUGUCCAGGCAGUCGAGACGAGCAACAAGGGAACCUCUUCAGGGGCUAAGUCACGCCCUUCGAUGUAUGAGUUCAAGCCAACACCAUCAGAAGUUGAUGAUUUGAGCAUAGACCCGCUCAUGAUGUCUCCUCGGCCAUCACACCGCAGACAUGAUUCCGAUACGACUGCCGACUUUACACCUCCAUAUCGUGGAACCCCUGGGUCCGGUGGUGACUAUCAGGCAGUACCGCAAGGCUCAGGGUCCGAUCGACACGCCAGCUACGACUCAGCAUAUACAGGAGGCUACUUCGAUGUGGCGCCAGAUAGGAGUCAGCGCGCAAGCCAGGGAUCGAGUGCGUGGAUCGGACUACAUCGCGGAAGCACGGAUUCGCAAGGAACCUACGCGCAUCUUCGCCAUUGGAGCAACGCCAGCGAAGCCAGCAGCGACCACGGCAGUGCGGGUACUCGAACGCCGCUCCAAGAGCUCGACUCGACGCCGUAUGUGCCGGAGUUGGCCGCUUCACCCGUCCCAGAGGCCGCGGCAGAUACGCGUCGCCGGUCAGGGAGCGGGCUAUCGGGCAUGAGCCGGCCACCUGCGGUCCAUCAGCGGCGAAGGAGCAGUGAGGGAGGACACGGCAGAACGAGGAGUGACAGCUCUGCUCCAGCUGGGCUGAGUGUCGUGAAUGAGGCUUCAGAGCUCAUCGGCCACUAUGGCCCGACAGAUCGAGCGAAUGGUCAGACGUCGAAUGGAAAGUAAAGCUGCAUUCAGUGCGUAGCUUUCCUAUGACUAUACUUCGCUUCGACUACAUGCCGUCGCAAGGCUAUGGCGCCAGUCACAGCAUGGCUUUCGAGCUAACGCAAGAUUUGGAGUUGGAAUCCAUACACCAGACGAUGCCUUCUGACGCUGCAAGGCCCAGGAAGCUUGCAUCUCUUCUUUGAAUCCAUGGUCUUUCUAUCGUCCCGGACAAUCAUUCUGUAGUUAUGAUGUCCUGGCUGACCUAAUGGGCCUCCAUGGGCAUUACCGAAGAGGCAUCUUAAUCACCAAGGCAGGCAGCCCCUCAUACUUCUUUGGGGAUAGAAGUGGUUGAUUCUCGAUCACGGACGGUUGGGAAUAGGAAGUCCUCCGGUGGACGCGGCACAAGGGAGAUGGGAGAUGGUCGGUGACCGCUCAGGGUUGGGAAAUACCAUAUAGAGAGCGGAUGGCGUUUCUAACGGCGAGGGACUCUAGUGCCAACUGGCGAGCACCUCACCGCGGAAAAUCGCGGCAAGGGCGGGCUUACUCUGGCGCAAAGUGUUUGGUUUUGCCAUCUCAAGUUACAAUACAUGAUACCUUUUUUCCCC